AUGUCGCUCCAACUGACAGUUGCAGGUAUCGUCUUCAGCAGGUCACUUAGCGAUGGCAGAGACAUCCACAUUGCAACAGACGGCAACUUCCAUCAUCUCGGACAGCGGAUCCUCUUGAAGCGUAAGCGUCCCCCCAAGAAACACAACCAUGUAGUUCUGGAUGAAGCCAUUGAUCAAUGCGAGCAUUCAUACAAAGCUGCAGAUGGAAAGAAGCAAAAAGCAGCCAUGGAUUAUUUUGAUGAUAUGGGUGUCAUGGCCCUUAUCUGCUGUCAUGAUAUCCCACUCUUCUUUGCUAAUAUUGACUCACCUGGCGAGCAGCAGAAGUAUGCAGUCGCACUAAUUGAGCACUUCUAUGUCAUCAUGCUCUAUGAUGUUGGCUGCGUCCUCUCAUGCUCCUUGUCUCAGUAUGAUAUUCUACCUGAUUCUGUGACUUCCUGUCUUCAAUUUGUGACCACCACCAUGCACGUUGACACGCACCAAACCAGUUUUGUGCAUGGUCAUGGCUACUCUUGA